ACAAAGGUGAUUAAGACGAUGAAACAUAUUUGGUUUACUGAUUCAACAGGUUUCCCUAUUUUUCCGUGAUGCAUUGUGGGAUACCGAGUCUCAGUAGGUGUAAUAAUUCUCCCUAAACCCGGGAACAGCUCGACAGUGUGAAGUGUCGCUGUCGCCAACAGACUCUACUUAUCUCACUUCCUGUCUCAGCAGCUGUCAAUCAAACAGAUACUUCCUCAGCUUCUCCUCACUCGGACUCAGUGAGUCGUUCAGAGUCUUUCUCACCAUGCAGCUUGUCCUCCUUCUCUGUCUUCUGUCCCACUUUACCAGGGUUACAGCUGUGGCAGAUUGUCACAGUGACAGGGACAAGGACCACCGGCCCAGGGUGAACUGCACGGCGGCCGGGUACAGCAGUAUCCCAGGGGAACUCGAACCCACGACCAAGGUUCUGUUAUUCCCCAGAAACCUGUUCUCCAGUUUGUCCUGGUCCUCCUUCAAGAUUUUUACGGACCUCUAUGAGAUCGACCUCACAGGCAACCAGAUUCCAGAGGUGAUCCCCAGCGCCGCUCCCAUCCUGCCCACCCUCAGUGUUCUCCGACUGGGUUGGAACCGCCUCAGGUCCAUCCCUGAUGGCUCCUUCACCGCCUGUCCUGCGCUGACCGAACUCCACCUGGACAACAACAUCAUCAACGCUCUGAGCAACCACUCCUUCUCUGGACUCAGUAAACUGGAAAUCCUGGAACUGUCGUCCAAUCAUAUCAAAGUGCUUCCUGAGCUCAUGCUCCACCCCGUUCCAGCCAUAGAGACCCUGUAUCUGGAGUUCAACCAGAUAAAAGUGAUGCCGAACAAUUGGUUUAGCACGAAGGAGGAUGUGCCAUACCUCUAUCUCUCAGCCAAUCCCUGGGUGUGCUCCUGUUCCCUUCAGUACUUGCACAAGUACCUUGAUGACUAUCUCAACAUCUACGUCCGCGAUGGUCCAAUUAUAAAGAUGGAGGAAGAAAGUGUUAUAUGUGAUUCUCCACCGAGGCUCAGAGGUCAACCACUGCUGCGUCUGGAGGAGGCUCUGUGUCCGACUGGUGACGAGGAAGAAACCGACUCUCAUGACAUGCAGGCUACUACUGCUGCUGUUGCUGCUUCCUUGACUGUCACCAGCAUUUCCUCUUCUCCUGCUACCACCCCCACUGCUACUGUCACCCCCACUAUGGGCUUGGUACAACUCCACACAGUGUACCACAGAGUAGUCACAAAGUCCUGGUACCAAACUUUCACCAGAUUUUUUGAGAAGUCAAGCCAUUCGGUGGAAGAGCACACAGUAAGGGGAUCAAUGUUUGGGUCACAUCUUCCUUCUGAAAGUCCUGCGAUCAUGUCAACGGCUGCACCCAUAAAACCAUGGACAACUGAAUCGUUACCUUCAACUGUUACAUCAACCACUCCAAAACUGCAGCUAGUCACGACCCCUGCCACCACUGAGGCAGCAACCACGCCAGUCUCCUCCUGGGUAUUUGACGGGGCUGCCGGUGGUGAACGUCGUGAUAGAAUUGGUUUGGUCAGAGCUUCAGGAGUAUACUGCUUCUGGCUUUUUGCUGUGUGCGUGCUGCUGUGUGCUGUGUCGGUGUUGUGCAUAUUUGCAACUCUGGCGAGAUUAGUGACCUGGUACAGGACGGUGUACAAGCCUCUGAAUGUGGCACUGGCAAGACAGGGGGUGUGUGGUGAGGGAGUGAAGCUGUUAACGUACAACAGGAGGGAGGAGAAGGAAGUGGCAGGAGGGGGAGGAGGAGUGGUGGCACUGUAUCGCUCUGUUCUUUUCGUCCACAGAGAGGAAGAAGAAACUGUGGGAAGGGAGGACAGAGUGAGUGAAGCUGACGGAGCAGGACAAGGAGGGAGGGAAAGACUUCUCGUCACUCUGGAGCCGACGGGAGAAGAAGUGAAGAGAGAGGAUGAAGGAGAGAGAGGAGCGAUAGAGGAGAGGGGGGUCUACCGGAAGACGCUGUACCGUCUGUUGAGCAAAGAGGAGGCCAUAUCUGGAUGGAGAGAUGUGAUGGAGGAGGAGUGUCGGGUCGCUGCAGAACAUGGAGGAGGUGGUGGGGGAGGAGCUUCUAGGAAGCGCUACAGUGUGAUUCUGAGGGAGGAGAGGGGGGAGGAAGGGGGAGGGAGGGAACAACUGGAGUGGGUGGUGGGUGGUUGGGAGGUGAAAGGAGGACGGGGAGGUGGCGAAGGGACGGGGCCAAGGAGCAGUUGGGGGGAGUGGCUGGCAAACUACUUACCCAGCAUGCCCUGGGGGGUGACCAUGCCUCCUGAAGGGGAGGCAGCUCAGUGAUGUCACAUGAGGUUUUUUUUUUUCUCACUUCAUUAUGAUUCGUGUUUAUUUCAUGUCUCUGAGGAAAAACAUGAAAAGUAUGUUGAUGUACAUGUGAUGUUUAAGAUCAUGAAUAUUAAUUGUCUUCAUUAAUCAUUUGAAUUUCUCCACAGCUGCACACGCAGCUCACGUACAUGUGACGAGCCGAUCAUGCUUCUGUUUAUUAAAAACAUGUUUGUUCACAAGUGACGACUUUUGUUUUUGUUUCUACUGGUUGGGUUUGUGAUUGUUGACUGUUCUUCUGCGACAUAAGCUCUGUCUCAAUUCAGGGGCCACAUCCUGCGGUGGACCCAGUCUAUGCAGCUGACGUUGAGUAAACCAUGACGGCCGAACCGAAAUGAGACCAACUGGUCUUCUUAUUUGCAUCACCUGCUUGC